CUCCUUGCUUUCUCACCAUCCCCUCUCCAAUGCUCUCAUCUCUCCUCUUUAGGAAGAAGAGAGACACCACCACCACCACCACUACCUUGAUGCUGUCCCCCGCCAUCACCACUGAGCCUCUGGGCCUCAAGACGAUCGCCGUCGGAAGCCUCGACAACCCGCGACCACCGAAUUGCGUCAAGCGAAGCUUCGUAGCCUCUCCGUCUCCUUCAUCAUCCCCUUCGUCGUCAAGCAGCGAUAGACCUGAAGAUAAGGUGGCGGAGGAGGAGGAGGAGGACGAGGAGGUUGAUGACGUCGAGAACGAAGAAGAUGAUGAGAGGGAUGCAUGCUGGGCCACGUACGGGAAGCGGGGCCACCGCCUUCGCCGGUUCCCGCCACCCAUCCCGUUGCUCGCGAGGACCGCCAACUUGUCGUGCCACAUGCCAUGGGUCCUGAAGCGCACCUACAAGGAAGACGGAAGCCUCGUGCUCAAAGAGGUCAGAGUCAAGCACCAUGAGUACUUCCGCGCUUGCCGAGAGAACGGCCGGCUCACGCUGCAACUCGUCGAAUUGGAUGACGACUCCCCCUUGUUCAUGUCAUGGCCGAAACGCGUGGAGGGGAUCAACAGGGUGAGAGAGUCGGACGAAGAUUGCCAACCAUCAGCAUCGCUGCAAUCCUCCAUGUUAUCAUCAUCACCAUCAUCAUAUCUUCAAGCUACGAGUCCAAACAUCAUGGAAGCCAAAUUGCAGAAGAUUAAGGAUGGGAUUAGAGUAAGGGACGUGGAUGUGCCGAGAGUGCAGCCGAGGUUUGAGAUGCCAUCUAUGAUGAUGAUAUCUCCUUCAAUGCCUGAGCCGGUGCAUGCCUGAGCUUGUGCGUGGAAUGGAGCGUAUGGAGACCGCUGCGCACCAGAUGCCGAUAAGUAGUGUGAGAAUGGUUCAUGGCCGGAGUGUAAUUUUGAAGGAUUAAAUCCUUGAGAUUUGAUUUGGUGUACUU